ACCAAUCCCCCUACCCAAACCAUGGCCCUCUCUCCUCCAAGAGAAAGAAAACACUCAAAACUCAUCCCUUUGCUCUCCAUCUUCUUCUCUCUAUGGAUCAUUCUCCUUCUCUUCUCGUUUCCUUCCCCUUCAUCCCCUCCACCUCCACCAACCUCCCAAUGCCCUCAAGACAUGCCCAAGUUCUACAUCUACAACCUCCCUUCAAACUUCAACCACCACCUUCUCCAUCACUGCAAGUCCCUCAACAUCUACACCAACAUGUGUCCUUAUGUUUCCAACGAAGGCCUUGGCCGGCAACUCUCUGGCAAAUCCAGCAGCUGGUUUGUCACUCAUCAGUUCUUGGCUGAGAUGGUCUUCCACGCGCGAGCUCUCCGCCAUCCUUGCCGCACUCUCGACCCCACCUCCGCCAACCUUUUCCACGUCCCUUUCUACGCUGGUCUCUAUGCUUCUAGCCAUUUCCGCACUGCCAAUCUCACUCUCCGUGACGAGCUCGCGGUCACCUUCUCCGACUACCUGACUCGCCAACCUCACUGGCACCGACACCACGGCCGCGACCAUUUCAUUGUCGUUGGCCGCACUGCAUGGGACUUCAUGCGAAAUGAUGACAGUACUGCUGACUUUGGGGCGAACCGUUUGCUGCUUUUGCCGGAGAUCAAGAACAUGACUGUGUUGACUGUGGAACGUCAACCAUGGGCUGGUCGGAACCAGUAUGGCAUUCCCUACCCUUCUUAUUUUCACCCAAGAAAUCGGUCCGAAUUAACAUCAUGGCAAGAGUUGGUUCGGAAGUCAACUCGGACUCACUUGUUUUCCUUUGUUGGCGGAUCAAGACCAGCUGCAAAUCAAAUGGCAGCUGUUCGUGGAGAGAUCUUGAAACAAUGUAAUGCUUCGGCUCAAUGCUUGCAGGUUGAGUGUGAAGCUGGCACUAGCCGGUGUUAUGAACCCGACCGAGUUCUUAACUUGAUGAUGCGAGCUGAGUUUUGCUUGCAGCCCCCUGGGGAUUCAUUCACUCGGAGAUCAGUGUUUGACUCAAUAUUGGCCGGGUGUGUGCCUGUUUUUUUCUCGGAGCACACGGCUUACACACAAUACAAAUGGUACAUGCCAAACCGAACACAGGAUUGGUCUGUUUUCUUAGGAUCAGACCAGUGGAUCCGGAUUGAAGAAGAGUUGGGAAAGAUACAAAAGAUUCAGAUUCAACAAAUGCGGAUUCAGAUCAUAGAUUUGAUACCUAGCAUGACAUAUGCGCACCCGGAUGUUGUUCAUGGGGAUGAGAUUGGGUUCAGGGAUGCGGUUGAUGUUGCUUUGGUUGAGUUGAACAGGUUGGUUUGGUCCGGUCGAAAACCGGUUUAAAUUGGGUGGGUGGAUUAGUAAGUGGGAAUUGGGACCAUAUAUGAAGGAGUGGCUUUAAAUGAUGUUGUUAUAGUACUUUCUUGUGAUUUCUUG